GACAGCAGCUCAACGCCUGGCGGUCUGGGCCGGCGGGAUGAAGGCGUUGUUACCGCUGGGAGGAGGUCCUGGGCAGUGAUGCCUAGUCCUUUAGGCAGAACCAGCUUUGGGCGCCGCGGGGUUUGCGUACCUUCAGAGAGCGGAGCGACAGCUGGUGUUAGGGCUGGAGAAUUUGUGCGGUCCGUGGAGGAACGGUGCGAGGUCUCUGAAGCAGUGGGACCUUGUGUUCUUGGCACCUUCUGAAGAGCUACCAUGUCUGGAAAUGUCUCGUCUUCCACAGAACCCAGCAACAACAGCCAUGAAACCAAAUCCACAAAUCUUCGAAUGUCAGACAAGAAAUGUUCAUGGGCCUCCUACAUGACCAACUCUCCAACUCUCAUUGUUAUGAUUGGCUUGCCAGCCCGGGGUAAAACCUACGUGUCCAAGAAACUAACACGCUACCUCAACUGGAUUGGGGUCCCUACCAAAGUGUUCAAUCUUGGUGUAUAUCGGCGAGAAGCUGUCAAGUCCUAUAAGUCUUAUGAUUUCUUUCGGCAUGACAAUGAAGAGGCCAUGAAGAUUCGCAGACAGUGUGCUCUGGUAGCACUGGAAGAUGUUAAGGCGUAUCUCACGGAGGAGAGUGGGCAGAUUGCGGUGUUUGAUGCCACCAAUACCACCCGAGAGAGGAGAGACAUGAUUUUGGACUUUGCCACGCAGAAUUCCUUCAAGGUGUUUUUUGUGGAAUCUGUCUGUGAUGAUCCUGAUGUCAUUGCUGCCAAUAUCCUGGAGGUAAAGGUGUCGAGCCCUGACUACCCUGAAAGGAACAGGGAGAAUGUCAUGGAAGAUUUCCUGAAAAGAAUCGAGUGCUACAAAGUCACCUACCGACCUCUCGACCCUGACAACUAUGACAAGGAUCUUUCUUUCAUCAAAGUAAUAAAUGUGGGCCAGCGAUUUUUAGUUAACAGAGUCCAGGACUACAUCCAGAGCAAGAUAGUCUACUACCUCAUGAACAUCCACGUCCACCCUCGCACCAUUUACCUUUGCCGGCACGGAGAGAGCGAGUUCAAUCUUUUGGGGAAGAUAGGCGGUGAUUCUGGACUCUCCUUGCGUGGAAAGCAGUUCGCUCAGGCUCUAAAGAAGUUUCUGGAGGAACAGGAGAUAGCAGACCUCAAGGUCUGGACAAGCCAGUUGAAGAGGACCAUCCAGACUGCUGAGUGUCUUGGUGUGACCUACGAGCAGUGGAAGAUUCUGAAUGAAAUCGACGCUGGUGUGUGUGAGGAGAUGACAUACGCAGAGAUCGAAAAGCAGUACCCAGAAGAGUUCGCACUUCGAGAUCAAGACAAGUAUCUGUAUCGUUAUCCUGGUGGGGAGUCGUACCAGGACCUGGUGCAGCGGCUGGAACCUGUCAUCAUGGAGCUGGAGCGGCAGGGCAAUGUCCUCGUCAUCUCCCACCAAGCUGUCAUGCGCUGCCUUCUGGCCUACUUCUUGGAUAAGGGUGCAGAUGAACUACCGUACUUGAGAUGCCCUCUCCAUACCAUCUUCAAACUCACUCCCGUGGCCUAUGGGUGCAAAGUGGAAACAAUUAAACUCAGUGUGGAAGCUGUGAACACUCACCGUGACAAACCAACUAACAACUUCCCCAAGAAUCAAACCCCUGUAAGGAUGAGAAGGAACAGCUUUACACCUCUGUCCAGUUCGAAUACAGUAAGGCGUCCAAGAAAUUACAGUGUUGGGAGCCGGCCCCUCAAGCCCCUCAGCCCUCUCCGUGCCCUGGACAUGCAAGAUGGGGCCGACCAGCCGAAGACCCAAGUCAGCAUCCCGGUGGUGUAACCGUGUGUGUCCCUCCAGCCCUGGCCUCCUGUCUUUGCUACUAAUCACCAAGGAGUCACUUAACUUCACCAUACCCCUACCCUCAACAACUCACUAUUAACCUUACCACAGAGUUUGAGGUGCUGUGUGUAUAGACCAACUAGGUAUUCUCCAGUUUGAAACCUUUCUUCACCCAAAAGCAACGGGGCCAAUGGAGUCUUCUAGGACAGAUACCCAUUGGAGCAGGCUGGAGGAGGAGGGAAAGGAUAUGUGCUCCCCUUAUGCUUGGUUCUUCUCUUUUCCCUGGUAUCUGAACUCAUUAAUACAUGGCUUAUGGUGAUGUGUGCUGGGGACGCAAAGGCCCAUGUCUUUCACCUUUGUCUCUUUAAUGUGUGUUUUACUCACUUGGCUUUCUCCCUCUUCCAUCUUGCCUUUACUUUGUCCUCUGGAACACUCAGCAUUGUAGUAUCUAAGAAGAAAGGGGGGUUCGUGGGGAGAAGUCCAGGCCCCACUGAUGCUUACUUCAGUGGGCCUGUGUAGCUCUAGACUGGGGGAGGGUUUUCUUCUUUCCUAUCCCCUCUCCUCACCAGCCAGGUCCUGCAAGGGUCAGCCCAGGCUUCAGAACAUCCACAGAAUGCUCUGGAGCUUGCAAGUGGACCAAGGGUGAGAGUUGGUGCCUCUUUUCAUGAGAAGCAGUGUCAAGUUUUUGAUACUUUGGGAGCUUCUGUCUCUGAGGGUGUGGGCAAUGUCUUGGUUUGUGUUUUGAACUUGAAGAGCCAUGCAUGCAGUACCCUUUGGCUGGCAGUGAAGUAGGUGGUUCUUAGUUUUUGCAGGUUCUCUGUUCAGUAUCAGAUCUUUUACCCACAGCUUGGUCCUCUGCCAGCCACUGUAAGUUUCCUGCCAAAGCCCGUGACCUCAGGGGCUGUUUAGAAGGAUGGAAUUAGAUUUAGUCGUCACCACUGAUACCUGCAUACUUGGAGGCAGAAGGCAGAGCAAAGUUCACUGAAUCUGCUCACUAUUUUCCAGUAUACUCUCCGAAAGUUAACUUUUUAAAACACGAGCAAGUGGUUUUUCUCCAAAUAUGGCAAACCUUUGAUGAAUUUCAUCUCUAUUGAGCUGUUCUUUGUGAAUAAGGAGAAACAGUCUCAUCAUAACGGUCUGAGGAGUACCAUGGUGUCUUGUCUUAAUGUUCUCUAUUCACUUGUCAUCUCAUUUCUUUGUAGGUUCAAAAAAGGACUUGUGUACAAAAGGACUUUUUAGUCCGUUGGUGGCCCAUGAUGGCUUUCCCUUUCUCUCAAUUUUAUAUACAAAGUUUUUAAUGCAUAUAUAGAGUUCUCGUGAGAUUUUUUAGAUGAGAUACAGGAGUUCCUACCCAUCAGCCAGGCUUUUGGAGGCAACUAGUGAGAGCAAUUAGCUGUUUUCCAAGGGUCUUUUGUUUUGCCAUAGAAAACCUUUCAUCAUGGUUCUCAGGAGCAUUCCUGAGAAUCUCCUCAGAUCUACUGAAGCAUACAGGUAGUGUGUCCAGGUCUAUCUGAGUCAUGCUGAAUACUGACUCCAAACCUCUGGCUCUGCGUAUGGGCAUGUGUGUGCUUAAAUAGCUUCCCUCCUGAUUCUGAUUCAUACCCCAGGUGAAGAACUCCACUCUAGGAAAUGGGGCAGAAAAAUGCCAGGACAGUGGUUUCUUGGACAAAGCACGGCCCUUGGGGUUCUGACUUCUCAGUGUUGAACAGUUCUCUGGAGUUAGAUGUUGGAGUGUAUUAGAAUACUAAAGGAGGUGACCGCAUCAAGGGCAGGCUGCUGUGUUUGAAAGGCUGAUUCUCAGCUGUGAUCUCAUUGUUUCCCCUUCCCACUGUGGGUGGUGUGGAACAAGUCACUAAAUUCCGUGUCAUUGGGUAAAAACUGGUUACUUUAAGGAUCCUAUAGAGAGGUACUGAGUUAGAAGCUAUAGGAUGAAAAGAGACAAAUCAAGGCAUAUCGUGUACAUGUACAAAUUCUCUAUGAUGAAUGUGACCACUGUAUAUCCCUAAACUGUACCAAUAAACUUAAUUAAAUUUUAAAAACCUGUAAGAUGAUGAAGGUGUCAUCGUAAGCAAAUGAUCUUGGCCUUGUGCUUGCCUAGAUUCUUUUCAAAAUUGUGUCCAAGACUCAGAGUAAACUGUGUUCCUGUUGAACUCUUGCACAACGUCCUUAGCAGUGUGUGUGUGUGUGUGUUUGUGUAACUUUGGGCCGGAUGGAGAAGGACAUGUAGAAGUAGAAGAAAAGGUCCUUGCCUAAAAAGGUUAUUUUAAGAGACAGAGCAUGCAAUUUACUCAGACAUUUAAAAAAGACCAAUGUCCAAGUCUGGAAGUGCUGGUGCUGCUGUGGAGUACAGAUUCCAUCCCCAGAGUGUUCUCUUGUCCUCUGGCUAUGAGACCAAAAGGGUUGGGGGGGGGUGUCCCUCCCCCUAUGAGAACAAGAUGUGGCCCGGGGCGGGGGGGGGGCACAGGAGGCGCUUUCACAAGGUCGCCUGGUGUAGCUUCAUGGGGAUGUUAGCAACUCUAACCCAAACGCACAUUCAGUCUUCUGGUGUGAGGUGAGAGAAUUUCAUAGCUAACGAGUGAGAAAGAGAAUUCUGAUCCAGAGAUGGGGCUUUAGGCCCCACCUCCUCUUAACAAGAAGGGACUUCGACCAAGCAGCAUUGAGUUCGCCUGUUCCAAAUGCUACCACUAGAGGCAGGUCACCUGGUGUUCACUCUGGCCCUGCUGGCUAUUUUUCCUCUUUUCCCCUACGCUCAUUUACUUCCUUCAGAAGAGGAGCUGGGGUAAUCUUAUCUUCUGGACAGGAAAAAUUGGAAAUUGAAAACAGCAAGACUUUCAGUGUCAGUUUCUAGAGCAAGAUCCCUUCAGAGAAGAUUAGUCGGGAGAAGUGAGGAUAACGUAGAGUGUAAUAGAGUUCAUUGCAGAAGUUCUGCUUCCUGUCUUUUACUUUUGUCCUUGUCUCCCCUUGUUACUUGAAUGUAUUUUGGUGGUAGACACACAUUACUCUGCUUGUGUCUGUCUCACAAACCCUAAAAGAAAGGCUGGCCUCCAGAGGACCCUUUGCAGAAGCUUUUAAGUUUUGUUAUGGGGGAAAUGGUUGAAGACUACUAUUUAAAUGGGGAAAAGAAAAUCAUAGUAUAUUCUGUUUUCUUUUUUCUUGCCUUGAAAGUGAAUGCAAAAGCCCGAGACAGAUUUGAAAGAGGAAUGUAAAAUUUACGAGAGAAUCCUCUUCUAUUUUUAUCUCUAAUUUUCAAAUUCAGAUUUAGCUCUUAUUAUUGCCAUUCUUUUUUAUUUUGCUAAAGGAAUAUUUUUACAUUAAGUUGAAAAAUAGAAUAAGAAAAUCAUGUAGAAACAUCUUUUGUGCUGUGGACGUACCCUAUAUCAUUGUCUCUAGUUUCUGUUUUCCAAGAUGUUAAGAGUUGGGGGUGCAAUUUAUUUGUACUCUUGGGCCGAAUGGUUGAAUAUUUUGGCAGGGAUCUGGGUAAUUCCCAUUGUAAUUCACUUUUGAUUUUCAGAUUGUGGCUUUUUUUUUUUUUCUUUUUAAGGCAGGGUCUCGCUAUGCAGUUCAGCCUGGCUUUGAGCUCACUUUGUAGCCCAGGCUGGUCUCAUUUGGAACCAUCCUCUUGUCUUAGUCUCCUGAACACUGGGAUUACAGAUGUAUACCACCAUGCCCAGCUUGUUUCUUUUGUUUUGUUUUUAACUUUGGCAUUUGAAGAAACAAGCACUUCCUUUUUAGCCAUAAGUUCAUCUGGGGAUCCAAGAUCUGAGUUCAGAGAAUCUCAGUAGUGGUGCUUGGGGUGACCUGUAAUCCAGGGACGCAUGCCCAUUGUGAUGGCAGCUGUAGCUGGGUGAGGUGACCUGAGGUACAUUCCACUGUCAUGGCCAAGCCCGGAAGCGUGUUGUGUUGUAUAUCUUUUGAGUCUUGUAUGUGUUUUAAAAUGUUUUUAUUUUUUAAAAUCUAUAAUUGAGUCAGUUUGCAACAUUCUGUAUGUUUGACUCUCCCUAGAAGUGACAGACAUUGAAGUGUGUCCAGGAAUUGAAUUUAGACUUGUAGUGUCCAGAGGACACUCUCUCGAGGGGUCAGUAAACCACAGUCUGACAUUUUCUUAUUAUCUUGAGUGGUAGUAUAUACACAUUAUAGUCGUUCUCUGUCUGUCUGAUCUGUCCUGCCAUGAAAAGAUCUAAACACUCCACCUUUCUUCUUUAUGGGGAAGCUCUGUGUAUUGUGAUUUUUCUUGUAAAAUAGCAGCCAAAUCCUUAUAUCUCUGUAAAAGAUGCCAGUUGUACCUCACUUGUGUGAUGUCAUGUAAACUCCGCUAAGGGAAUGCCAGUUUAGAGCCUGAAGUUGUGCCAUCUCUCCUUGAAGUCAUCUUACCCAGCCCCCUGGUUCAGGACAGGGCUUCCCUGUCACUAUCCAUUCCCGAACCUUCUGUGUCCUGUGCUUACCCUGUUAUGGAAUGUAGCAUUCCAUCGGAGGGUGCUGCUGUUUUCAGUCUGCCAUGUAUGUGGCUUUUAUUCCUAAUCUAAGAAGCAAAAAUGCAAAGGAAAUCUUACAUUCAAAAACUGAUGUUAGGAGUUGGCAAAAGUAUUCUUUCCAGUAAACCUUCCACUGGACAUCUGUGACCAGUAUUUCCCUGCUUACAGGUUUUGUAUGUGAAUCACUUGUAUACAUUUUUAAAAAAAUGUUCAAGUAACAAAAUCAACUUAUUGUGAUACGGUUUUCUAUGACAGAAGCACAGACUGAUCACAAACUGCCCUCUGGGAGGGACUGGAGUUGGGGGCCUCACUGGUUUGAAUGGAAAUGGCUGGCUUGGGAACAGAACUCUACUGCAGAUUUUCUAGGCAUGGUUCUGUUGAAAGUAGCAUAAAUUUUCAGCAGAAUUCAGAUUUCAUCAGUGACACAACAAAAUAUUUCACUCAGAUCCACUUACAGUGUGUAUAACUGUAUUUGAAAUGUGUUCGGGUGUGUGUAUGUGUAGAAUGGGCAAAUAAAAUUAUUGAGUAACUUGAACCUA